CGUAAUGAACCCAUCGAGAGAUUUCUUUUCUCUUAUUGAGCAGAUUAGUAAUAUUUUGCCCACACCAGCAUCUUUAGUAGACUCCGACGAUUCGGAGGGUGAACCGCCACGAAAAGUGAGAUGCGUUUCCUUCAAUCCUUUGCCGAAGCCAAAACAGAGGAAGCACACCUUAAUGGAGACCGUCGACAAUUUAUCUAAGGCAUCGCCAGCCUCUUUUCUGCCAACAAUCAAGGAUGUCGAUAUGCUCAGUACUAGACCCGUCGAUAACGGUACCCUGGGAAGCGUGGUGCUCAAUCCGCCUACUUUUGGCCACGUGCUUCGUCCGCUGACUGAACAGCAGCUGGCUGGCUUUCGCCUACAACCCGGACCGCUGACGGGCCAAUAUAAGUCUUACUCUAACGGUGACUACGAGCCCAAUCAGUCGAAGGAGAACAUGGAGCACUAAGUACAAACAGCGAACCAGCGCAUAACUGAAGAAGUGGGAUGACAUAUCGACAUUGCUACAAGAACUAUAAGAAAUGUACACAAAUAACGAUAGCGCAACAGUUGAUAAAUAAAUC